AUGGUCAGACGAGUUGAAGAUGCCAAUGAAAUUUAUUUCCACAUGCUUGAAUGUAUUCAAGUACAUUUAUUUAAUACAGUUGGGCUUCCAGAAAAGUCUACCCAAUCCAAUCGUGACACUAUGAAUACUUCUACUCUUGAUAAUGGUUACAACUUUAGUUCAUCAGCUUCUACAAGUAAUGCUACUUAUAAUGCAAGCAGUAGCAAUUUUUCAAAUGUUCAAAGAGUGAAGGAUGAUAUUGUUGAAGUCGCCAAAACUGUAGUCAUGAAUGGUAAUAGAAGAACUGGUGUCACUAAGGCUGACAUCUUGGCACCUCUCUAUGAAGCUUACAAUGAGGAUGAUUUGGAACAAGCUUUUGGACUUUUAGUUAAUGAUGGUAUUCUUUUCAAUACCCUUGAUGAAGAACAUUUUACUAUUAAUUUUUAA